AUGCCUAAAUUGAUUAUAUAUUGUGAUGAUAUUAAUAAACAUGCAAAAAUUCCAUUAACGAAUUUGAAAAUAUCUUAAUUGCUAAAAUCUAAUUUUUUAAAGAUCGAUAAUUAUGUAUUUGAUAAAUUAAUUAAAUGUCUGAAAUUGAUUAACUAUCUAAUUUUGAAAUCUCACAAAAAUAGUUUCCAAUUCAAUACAACCUGGUACAUUAACAAAAAAGAAAAAAUCAUUAAGAAAAUUGUGUAUUAUCAUGAAUCCUUAUAUCAAAUAUCGUUUAUUCCACCAUCAAUCGUUGUAUCUAACAAUAUUAAAUAAAUUGGCUAAUACCAUUUGUCCAUAGCUGAUAUUAAGACAAAAAUCCUAUUAACAACUUCAUUAAAAAUUAAGUUGAAUUCAUCAUAACUCUCUCCUACUUGGGCAUCUGUUAAAGUUAACAUCACUGAUUAGUAAGAUUUUAUAGCAGCACAGCAAGGAUUAGCCUGUUCAGAAAAUGGCUUUCUAUUGAACUAAAAUAUUGAAACAGGCUUUAAGAUUGUUUGUACUCCUGCUUCUUUAGAAUUCUAUCAUCCUACAACUCUCGAAAAAUAAAUUAGAAUCAUUGAAGAAAAUGAAUUGUAGUAAAUCAUUGAUUUAAAUUUCAUUUUACAUUAUGAAUUAUAUACAUUUUGUAUCAUUAAUAAAAGUUAGAAAGUUUACUUUUUCAACAUACGACUAACGAGUUUGUUAUAAUAGCAUUAUCUUCUUUUAUUCCAUAAAACCAGAAAUCUAUAGUAUUUUUAGAUCUUUUAAACAUAAUUUGAUCUAUCCCAAUUUCUGAUUUGA